UAAUUAUAAGUUAAAAGCUAAUAUUUUUAUAAAGAAUUAAAAUAACAUCAAGAAUAUGAUUAUAAUUAAUAACCCGGUGACCAACUAUUCUGUCCAUAAUGCAGAAACGUUAAACAGGUUGCAGACUUUCAGGUACACCCUGUGCCUCGUCUUUACUGAACAAAUGUGUCCAAGAGAAUACGCUUUUUUGUCUCUUCUUUUCUAUUUAUUUCCUUACAAUAAAUACAUUUUUUAAUUUUAAUCCAAAUUUCAAAAUGUUCAAAAUAUUGUAUUUAAUUUUUAUGAUGCAAUACAUUAAAAUAAAGAAAAUGAAACAUCGGAAUUUUACACGCCCAUCGAUGGCAGACGAACGUGCAGUUGUUCUGUCUACUUAACAUGUCAGGUUAAGUAGACUACUUUUAUUAUUAAAAAAUUUGUUAAAUCGGGAAAGUUUAAAAUUAAAAAGUUUAAGUCGAGAAUGAUUUUAGAAGAACAAAUCAAAUUAGUGUUGAAAUUUCGGCUACACAAUGUCUGGCUUUGGAUUUCUUCAAUCAAUAAUAUUGCUCAUAAAUAUUCUAGGCCUGGUAAAUAUUUGACAGUGUAUCUAAUUUGUAGUAGUACCUCGUAGAAUUUGAGUAAAAAUUUAAAUUUUUUAAAUAUAAUUUUAGAAUCACAUAAAUUGUGUGAAGGUUAAUUUCAAUAUACAUUUAAUUAUAUAUAUUGUGAUAUUACAAAUAUGUUUUAUAUAUAUAUUAACUAUACGAAUUAUUUAAAUGGCUAUUUUAUAAAUAAAUAUAAUUAUUCGUUACAUUAUUAAUUGUUUAAAUAUUAAAUAAAACUUUAUGCGAAAUAUAAGUUGUAAUGAAGAAUUUGACGUUCGCGCAUUGACAUUUGCCCCAGUCAAAUUAAAUGUGUUGCAUCACUUUGUCAAGGCCGGCAGUACUUUGAACUGGAGCUGGCUCAAGUGGGAUCGGCAGCUAAAGAAGAUCUUGAACUUCUCAGUUUCGCAAUCCGACGAAUUGGUAGUGCAGGAUAUCGAUUGGCUUAAGACGAUUUUAUCGUGGAUUGAAGCGGCCCGGUUAAUCAUCAGUCGCGUCUCACUUCUUGCGUACGUGGCCAAUAUCUACACGAUAUUCACGCAAAGCCGGCAAAACUUGCUCGUACUUUGGAUGAUCCUCAGCUUUCUUAAGGAUUUCGUUUUGGAAGUCGUCGUAAUUGUCAUCACUUUUUUACUGUGGCGCAAGGGAAGCGUCCCGACGUCGCGUCUCGUUGAGUUUAUCACGGAGAAAUCGAUAUGGCUAGUUAUCUUCAUCUGCAAGUGUUAUCCGACUCUCAAGUGGUACAUGCAGCUGCGAAAGGUGGCGAAAUUCCGUAGGUUCACAAUGAUCGCGCGGAGAAGUAUCGCGAGUAUCGCCGAUGUCCCCGGCAGGGUCGGCCGUUCCCUGGACGACGAGUGUCUCGACAUAGCGAUAAUCAGACGGGGCAAGCACGCGAGUCUGUUGAAUCUAAACGGAUACUUUGUGGACCUGUCCAGCAGAACAAACGCCAAGUCCCUGACGACCCUUGUCACCGACGACACGAGCGACGCGAACGAUUACAAUUCCGACGUCAACGAUGACUUGAGCGUGGCCGAAAAGUCGAUGAGGAUGCUGAAAGUAACCGCGGAGGAUGUGAUGGACGCGCGUUCCAGGAUACUCGAGCGAUCCUACUGGGAGGAGCAAGACGCGGGGACAUCUGAAGUGAUGGAAGAAAGAGCGGCGCAGUUUCCUUUCCUUCCAGAGGAGGACAAGGGAAAAGUAUUAAGAAAUAAACUGGCGAAGGGUGACGUGGAAAAAACUGUGGCUCACGUUUUGAGAAAAGAAUUUAACAGGAAGGAACAGAUUUUAACUGCAGUUCGGGAUAAUGUUUCAUUAGUAAAAAGUGAAAACGUGAAUCGCGCUUUGAGAAAGGAAGACAUUAUAGGGAAUUCUACGGUGAAGAAACAAACCGAAGAAGAAAAAGAUGAAGAAAAGGGGGAUGACGAAAUUGUUCUAGUUAACGGAAAAGAAGAGAUUUUAACUGGAGAUCAGGAAAACGUUUCAUUAGUAAAAAGUGAAAACGUGGAUCACGCUUUGAGAAAGGAAGACAUUAUAGGGAAUUUUACGGCGAAGAAACAAACCGAAGAAGAAAGAGGUGAAGAAAAGGGGGAUGACGAAAUUGUUCUAGUUAACGGAAAAGAAGAACAGAUUUUAACUGGAGAUCAGGAAAACGUUUCAUUAGUAAAAAGUGAAAACGUCAUUUCCAACAAAGUGGAGAGUGGCGCGAAGUCAACGGAAUCUCGUAACGUUUAUGCGGCAUCGAAGAAGAAGAAAAAAGAGAAAGGGGAAGGAGUCGCAAAGACUGUGCAGUGCCCCUCGUUCCAGAGCGAGAAGGAGGCCAAGCCGUGUGCCUCCCUGGUGAGGAAAUUAGAAGCGAAACUCUAUCGUAUUUCCGUGAACCAGCAGGAGAACACUCGGCUCGAGCGAGUUGAUUGGAGAAAGCAUCCUUCGUGUCAAAUCGACGCACCGCUGGUGCCAACUGGCCCGGAGGAAAGUGAAAAGGAACGAAACUAUAAAAACUCAAAAAUAUCAUGCGCGUGCCAUCGUGCCUUGCGCAACGGUUCGAAAAACGGGAAAAACGUGGAAUACAACGUUAAUGAGAGAGAAUUCAAGUCCUUCUCACCUAUCGUCAAUAUGCAGCGAGGCAGAAUCGACAGGUCCGCGUACGGAUAUUCGGAAGCGUACCGUUUGAAGAAGCAGAUCGAGAAAUGCGAGGAAUCACACAAGAGGCAAUCCUGGGGGAGCAAGUCCUUAGCCCAAGCUGCACGACCCUCGGGAUACGAGGGGAUCGUCGUCGAUGCGCCUGACAAACUGUCCACGGAAAAUUGUCGAGGAAACGUUCAGACUGAAGAGACUUGCGACGAGACGGCGACGGGGACGACGACGAUGAUGACGUGCGAUUCUUCGAGCAAGCAACGUAGAUGGAAGCCCGAGCAGAUGCGAAAUAGACGGUCGGCCGAGUUGCGUACCGUUUACAACAUGGCAUCGUUCGGAGAGGAGAAUUACGCGGAGGCGCGCGAAAUAAGGACGAAAGCGUUGGAUACUUCUGACAAUUUUAUGUUGGCGAACAAAAGGGAGACGAGAGCGAGGAAAAGGCACGAUCUGCCGCCGGCGAGUCGCAAACUGUCGAGCGAGCGACGCGAGGCGAUAGAGCUGAGAGCUCUGAGGGCUUACAACGAGCUCACCUUGUCGGAGGAUAAGAGAGAGCUGGGAGCGCGAAGGGGACGCGACUCGUCGUUGAUUCACGGCGCACCGACAAAGGAAUCCGAAGAGACGAAAGUCGUGAAAACUUGUAACAAUCCCAGCCCGCCGGAAGACAAAACGGUGACGGUGAGAGCAGGGGGGCGCAAUUUGUCGCCGAGUUUUCAGCGAUCGGUCGGCGAACGACGCGCCUCGAGAGUUCGCCAUCGGCUCGCGCGGUCGGGAAGCGAGAGAGAGUUGGAGAUUAGGAGAAAACGCGACUCGCUGACGAGCGAAACGCCAUCGGAACGCGAGGAACCUGUCGGGGCCCCGACAGGCGUCUCUAAUCGUCUCUCAAUCGCCGGCAGCUGCAUGGAUACCGCGAUUCCCGCGCGUCGGAACGCGAACCACGACUCCAACCGUUACGCAAGGCAGGCGCCGCUGAAUCUCCGGGAGAUCACGAGGAACAUCGAGCGGGUCGCUCAUCCGCGGGGCGUGAUACUCGCCAACAAGAAUCUGCACGGUCAAUUCCCGGGGGACGGGAGACUUCGGGAGGGCCAGCAGCGCGACAUCGUCGACGACAACACCGUCGGCGCGAUGCACAGCGCGUUCUUCUUCAAGCCCGAGAUCGUGACGCGGGUCUUCUGGCGGGCUCACAAUCCGACGGGGACGACCGAGGGGUUCUUUCCGAGUUUUCCGAUCUUGCGGCAGGAGGACCUCGACGCGGAAUUCGUCUGUCGGAUGGACAACGAGAUGAUUACGCACAACCGGGACGAGUUGUUCGAGCAAAAAGUGGAAAAUGAUCAAGACGAUCUUGGAGAUUCAACGCUGCCCGUCGCUAAUGACAAUCGCGGCGAGCAGGGCCACAAUCUCUGUGUAAUAUUCGUCGAUCGGGAGCAGGUGCCGAGCGAAUCGCAAGUGGCGACAGAAAGUUCGGCGGCCAUCGGACUCCAAGGGGACACACGUUUGAAUAUCGAAAAUAGUCGGAGGAUAAACGUCUUGAUAUUCGACGAAAAUCACAAUCGCGUGGACAAUGCGAUCGAUGAUAAUUUGCCAGUUCGACUGAUCGCCGACGUAGGUAACUAUGAUGUCGAGCUGUCGGAGCGGAGUAUACGCGACGUCGCGUUGCCGAUCGAAGACGCGGGUAACGUGAAUGUACAUAACAGUCCUCCAUUUCAAGAAUUCAAUGCGGUAAAUCAAACGGACACCGUAAAACUGGACAGAGAAAACAAUAACGAGAGCGAAAUAAUUUCUUCGCGUAGAAAUGCGAAUGCUGAUGGUACAAUCCACGGAACCGAGCAAGUUAAAUUAAUCACUUUGAACUCAAGUGAUAAUUGUGCGGCUAAUGUAAACGAUAUGUCGUAUGUUGGUUCGUUAGAAAAAUUAAAUAAUUCGAGAGGUGAGAAAUAUUUAAGCGCAAUAGACAUUCAUUCUGAAAACGAGAUAUACGAGAUUAAUUUAUCUCACGAAAGUAUUGACAACGACAUCACGACGCAAUUAUCGGACAGCAAUAAUAACAAACAGUUCGACACAUUAAAUAAUAAAGCCGAGAAAAGUAUGUCUAAUCAUGUUCUUAGGAAUUCUUUGAAAUCAUCUUUACCCGGUCCAUCGUCAUUUAUUGAAGAUAAUAAUUGCCAUGAAUUAAAAUCAUGCAACGAACAGCUGCAAAAAUUGACCCAACUUUCAAAUAGCGUAGCUACGUUAAAUGAUCAAAGAGAAGCGUCAGUAUCGAAUUUAGAGACCACCCUGCAGGACGAUGCAAGAAGUAAAAUUGACGCUUACAAAAAAGCAAAUGAAUUUUUGGCAGAAAAAAUUUUCAAAAUGCAUUCAGACGAUAAGCUACAGCGAGACGAUAGUUUUUGCUUCAUGUAUGACAGAAGUGAUGAUUCAGGAACGCCGGUUUCGUUGGAAGACGGCAGUUUGAUGGAGGAGUUUCCAAACGAUCCUCUACCGCCUGUAAACACUUUUUAACUCUUAAACGAGAAAUUACGCAUAUUAUCAAUAAAAACUGCGCACGGAGAGAAUUUUCUCUUAAAAAUUACCCUGAAAAUCGUGGUAAUUGUGA